CUUUAGAGCAUACACGUGUUCUUGACAUAACUGUCACUGUCACUAGUGUCACUCAAUUUUUCUGAUUUGAUUUACCAAAUAAAUAAAUACAAGUCAUAAAUAUGCGACUUUAGCUUUCAAAACAAAAACCUGUUCAUUUGAAAUUAGUAUCAAGUCGAAGUUCCAAGUACAAGUACGGUACGACAUCGCAUCGAAUUGUUUAAAUGAUAGGUCGAUUGUUGAUGUCCUCGGACUCGAAGAUCAUAUGAUUAAUAAUUGGUAUCUACAAAAAUUAUCAUUUUAUUGUUAGCCUUUGCAGCAUGAGCUAGCGAGUGUGUGAUAAGAUAAAAACUAUUUUGUGAUAAAUGUAUUUUGUGGUUUACCGCGUACAUCGCUAAACUUAGUCAUUAUAAUUGCCUUCUUUGUACAAAUUUAAUUGUUUAAUUUAAAAUAAUUAAAAAUCGUUGAAGAUGGCCGCGGAAGUACUCUUAAAAAAUAGUUCUCCAGAUGUGAAAGUGCAGAUUUUACCUAGUCCUACAAAGAAAUUAACUCAUCUUCCACAAAGGCCCCAGGUGGAUUUGGCAUUUUCGGACUUGCAGUACGUUGUCAAGCAAGGGAAAAAACAAAAAAUCAUUUUAAAAAAUGUCAGCGGAAGGAUACGACCUGGGGAACUAUGCGCCAUCAUGGGUCCAUCAGGAGCAGGAAAAUCCACAUUGCUCAACAUACUCACAGGAUACAAAACCGAUGGGGUAAAAGGUCACGUCUUGAUGAACGAUAGUGAUAGAGAUUUGAGCCAAUUUCGAAAACUCUCGGCUUACAUAAUGCAAGACAAUCAAUUACAUGCCAAUCUUACCGUAGACGAAGCGAUGGCUGUUGCCGCCAAACUCAAAAUUGGUCAAAGUAUAGUCAGCGAUCGACAAGCAAUUAUAAAUGAAAUCUUAGACACACUCGGUCUACUGGACCACAGAAGAACGAUGACCAGUGGACUGUCGGGUGGUCAAAAGAAAAGACUAUCAAUCGCCCUAGAACUCGUAAGCAAUCCCCCAGUAAUGUUUUUCGACGAGCCCACCAGUGGUUUGGAUUCCUCUUCUUGCUUCCAAUGCAUAUCUUUACUGAAGACUCUAGCGAAAGGUGGAAGAACCAUAAUUUGUACGAUUCAUCAACCUUCUGCCAGAUUAUUUGAAAUGUUUGACCAACUAUAUACUCUUGCCGACGGACAGUGUGUUUACCAAGGAUCUACCAGACAGCUAGUACCGUGGCUGGGACACUUAGGACUACAGUGUCCCUCCUAUCACAACCCGGCUUCAUAUAUCAUUGAAGUGGCGUGUGGGGAAUAUGGAGAUCACACGAGAAAACUGGUAUGCGCUAUAGACAACGGUAAACAUGAUAUUCGCGACGAUAAAGCGUUCCCGGAAGUAAAAAUUAACGAUGGUAUUAACAACGCUUACCAAUAUGCCAAGGAUAAUAUGAACAGUCUCAUAAACGAAGAAUUAGCCAAAGAGUCGAAUAGUUUCAAAGAUAACAAUUACAAAGCGAAAGCUAACGGCAAAAAUGAACAUAUCGAUGAUACCGUGAAGGACGUAGAGAAAGCCAACGUCAAUAGUGCCUUAUUAACAAAUGUUGCUAUGGUUAAACAGCCAAGAUAUGGAAAUUCCGAAAUGCAACAAUUCUUCAUUAUUUUAAAACGUGCCUUGUUGUUUAGCAGACGAGAUUGGACAUUGAUGUACCUCCGAUUGUUUGCACACAUACUGGUAGGAUUUCUAAUCGGUGCCUUAUAUUUCAAUAUUGGUAAUGAAGCGUCGAAAGUGCUUAGCAAUUUGGGUUUCUUGUUCUUCAACAUGUUGUUUUUGAUGUACACUUCCAUGACGAUCACGAUAUUAUCAUUCCCGUUGGAGAUGCCGGUGCUGUUAAAAGAACAUUUCAAUCGAUGGUAUUCGCUGAGAUCGUACUAUUUGGCCAUUACGAUAUCUGAUAUGCCUUUUCAGACUAUAUUCUGUAUAGUUUACGUCACAAUAGUGUACUUUAUGACAUCCCAGCCGCUGGAAUCUGAACGAUUCGGAAUGUUCUUGGUGUCCUGUUUGUUGGUUUCCUUUGUAGCGCAAAGUGUUGGACUGGUAGUGGGAGCUGCGAUGAAUGUACAGAACGGAGUAUUCUUGGCGCCAGUAAUGUCAGUGCCAUUCCUCCUCUUCUCCGGGUUCUUCGUCUCAUUCGACGCCAUACCGAUUUACCUGCGAUGGAUCACCUACCUGUCCUACAUCAGAUACGGUUUCGAAGGUACAGCAUUGGCCACGUAUGGUUUCGACAGACCUAAAUUGAAAUGUUAUAACUACUGUCACUUCAAAGAUCCCAAAACUACACUCGAAGAGCUAGAUAUGGAUAAAUCGAGCUUUGUCGUCGAUAUCGCCGCUUUAGUCGGCAUAUUUUUCUUCUUGCGGAUAUCGGCUUUCCUGUUUUUAAAAUGGAAACUAAAAUCCAAUCAUUAAGAUUUUUUUUUAGGAAGUUGAAUAGUUAUUGAUAUUUUUAUUCUAGUGAUGUUAAAAAGGAAACUUCAAAGGGAAAGUGGCUUGUUUAAAUUUCGGAAAUAUAUUGGUUUUUACGAUGAUUGGCAGCUUCA